AUGGCAAUCCAUGAACCAAACAUGGAAUACUGGCCAACUUCUGAUGACGAAGCUGACAAUGAACCAACACAAUCAAACUUCUGCUUCGUAGCUGGUGUUGACAUACCUUCAAGAGCUCCCAACAUCAUAGAACAGGUACUUAAUGCUGGAGAACCUAAUGAUGAUACAUGGUAUAUUGAUAGUGGCUGCUCCAAGCAUAUGACAGGAAAUCGGAACUACUUACGUGACUUCAAACCUAUACAAACCAAUCAAGAUGUUACCUUCGGCAACAACAUGAAAGCAAAAAUCAUAGGUUAUGGAAACAUAACAAAUGGUAAUUUUACCAUAAAGAAAGUUGCCUUCGUCGAUGACCUGAAACACAACCUCAUCAGUGUUUCUCAACUGUGUGAUAACAAUCUUGAAGUUCUUUUCACCAAACAACGAAGCUUGAUCAUGGACGCCAAAACCAAAGAUGUUAUAGUUGAUUCUGACUGUGCUGGAAAUAUGUAUCCACUUGACAUGGAUCUUAUCUAUGGUAAACCUGAUAUAUGUCUGCUAUCUAAAGCCCCAGCAUAUAUUAGUUGGUUAUGGCACCGCCGCCUUUCCCAUCUAAACUUUGGGUACAUCAACAAAUUAAUCGGCGAUGAUCUUGUUCGAGGGCUACCACUUCUGAAGCUUGAUAACGAAACUCUUUGUGCCGCAUGUGAAAAAGGAAAACUUUCCAAAUCCACUCACAAAAGCAUCUCAGAAUCUAGCAUAUCCGAACCACUAGAUUUGUUGCACAUAGACCUUUGUGGCCCUGCCAAAACCCAAACCAUACAAGGGAAGAAGUACAUUCUUGUUGUCGUUGAUGGUUUUCGUGGUUUACUUGGGUCUUUUUCUUAA